AUGGGCAUACCAGGACUUGUCCAAGAGCUUGGCUCAGGCGACCGCAUCUCAUUAGCGAAAUUCGCAAUCGACCAUCUUCAACGAACGGCACGACCAGUUCGAAUUGCUGUCGAUGCGUCUAUUUGGCUCUUUCAGGUCCAAUCCGCCCAGGGCGGGCUAAAUCCUGAGCUCCGAGCCCUGUUCUACCGACUUGCGCGGCUACUCGCGUUGCCCAUUCAGCCACUCUUCGUCUUUGAUGGACCAGAACGCCCCGAGUAUAAACGGGGAAAGCUGAUUGCAAGAAAUGGCGGGUCUCACAUUAUCGGUUCGUUUAAACGGCUCAUCGAGCUUUUCGGGUUCAAUUUCUAUGACGCACCGGGGGAGGCCGAGGCGCAGUGCGCAAAGCUUCAAAUAGCCGGCAUAGUCGAUGCAUCCUUAAGCAAUGACAUCGACACCUUAAUGUUUGGUUCACAGGUUACGCUCUUGAACUUUUCAAAAGCAAGUCCCAAGAAUUCCGGUCCAGCUACACACGUCAACGUAUAUCGACACAGCAGUCCAAACGCGAAUGUGACCUUUGACACUGCUGGCAUGGUAUUAUUCGCACUUUUAAGCGGUGGCGACUACUUGCCUGCAGGCGUACCGAGGUGCGGACCUAAACUAGCUGCCGAGAUUGUCCGUGCCGGGUUCGGUGCCGAUUUGUUAGACAUUAUCAAGAGUAACCCUAAGGACUUGGAUGCUCCUCUAAAUGAAUGGAGAGAGAGAUUGGACUACGAGCUUUCCACAAACGAAAGUGGCUAUUUCAAAUCUAAACACAAAGCUGUCAAAAUUCCCAAAGAUUUCCCCGAUUUGCGAGUCCUAUUGGACUAUAUCUCUCCCGUCACCUCAACAGAGAAAGAGGUGGAAAAAUUAGAAAGCCUUCAAUGGAAUCAAAAAAUCGAUGUUUCCUCGCUGAAGCAAUUUGUGUGUGAUAAGCUCGGAUGGGAUGGCCUUGCUGGCCAAUAUCGGUUUAUCCGGACAAUCGCGCCUUCGCUCCUCUGCUGCUCCCUGCGUGACUCUACUGUAAAUCCUAUUCAGGCCAAAAUACGCGGCAGAAAAGAGAACAUAAACAUGGACGGCCUGGCCGAGUUAAAGUUGCAAUUUGUCCCAGCCGAUGUUGUUGGGAUCGAGUUAGAAUCGGAAUUAGGUCCUACAUCUAGUGCCGCAAUCGACGUAGCCGAAUCUGACUCCGAAGACGAUCAGAUCGAGCCUCCCAGUUCAGCUACAAAGCGAACUCCAUAUGAUCCGACAAAAGAACAGAUCCUUUGGGUUUUUGAGGCACUAGUGGUACUGGGUAUGCCAACUGCGCUAAAGAAUUGGAAUGAUGAGCAGGAACAGAAGAAAUUGGCCGCUUCUAAACCGCAGGGCUCGGCAAAGGGUUCCAGGAAAGGGAAGAAAGCUGUAGAUUCUGGGAUGGCGCCUGGUGCCCUUCAUCGAUAUGGCACUGUUGUGAAAACGCAAACGAAAACACAUGGUGGUUCCCGGAAAUCCACUCAACCCGCUGCUGGAGGGUAUAAUCCUUGUGAAAACCGUCGGGAUUCUACGAGCAACCAAAUACAAAAAACAAUCGCUGAUUGCGCUGCGUUCACCGUUCGAAGUACGAAGAGCGGGACGUCGUCCUUACCCGGGGUAUCAAAAUCACCCAAGGGAAUGGAUAUGCCGACUUCAAGUGACAUCGAAGCAGCGAUGGCUCUUGGACACAGUGACGAAGGUAGAUUGCCGUCCUCAAAACAACGAAACCAUUCUAAUUACUCUGACUCCGUUUCCAGAAUCAUGGAUCGAGUAGAGGCAGGUUCACGAUACAUCACGAUCUCUUCCUCUGACGAGGACUCAGACCGGGGUGAAAAGGGUCUGAAACCGUGCCAGACUAAAGGUGAAGCAAAAGCCCCAAAACCAAAAUUCAAGAGCCGCAAGCCUGCGGCCUUGACGUCCGAUCAGACUCCAUCGCGCACGAAGCCUCGCCUGCGGACAGCGAAUGUCUUAGCAGAUGGAGGAGAACAUAUAACCCCAGAGAAGUCGUCACAGAUCUCCUCAAAAUCUUUGUGCGAGCAAGCUGUCUCAUUCCUUGACCAACUACUCGAGGAUUGCAAAUCACCAGACUCCACCAAGACCGAAAUAUCUAGUAAACAACCUAACCACGGUGAUCUGAUGGACGGCAAAACUCAAAGUGGCCUUACACAUACACCCGAUAUUUUCAGCAGGAAUGGUUCAUCAACGGACGUGACCUGUAAUACAACAAAGCAACCCAGGUCGACCAAGAAAGGGAAACGAUCUAAACGGAUUAGCAUAAUAGAUUUAACUUGA